AUGACCGUCCCAUGGAGUUUGCUGUGGAUUCUGGGUUUGAUCUGCUCUUCGGACUCCAGCUGCUCUCCGACAUCUUACUAUAAGAGCUGCUGGAUCCGCAGAUAUCCAGGACUGUAUGUGGACAUAGAGGAAUCUCAGCGCAGAGGAGCCCACAUCCUGAAGCUUUAUCAGGAGGAGUCUGCGGUCAAGUGCAGCAGAGCCUGCUGCCUCACGCGAAACUUCUCCUGCAACCUGGCUGUGUAUCAUUUCAACACCACUCAGGACAGCGUGAACUGCUUUCAUCUUCAAUGUCCGAACCUUGAGAGCUGCAUUCCUCACCACAGAGGAAAUGUCAUCCUCUAUAAUGUCACUAAAGGUGUGGAUCCUGAUCUGUUGGUUUUCGGGAAGUACUUCACCACCAACGUGCGUGUGCUGCCUCACAUGUCCUCCUCACGACUCAAUGUAUCAGAGCCGCUGACCUCUGACAAGCGUCAGUUCAACUAUCCCCCCAACCCACCCGUCCGUUCAAUCAGUCCUGCAUCCACUAGCACGAAAACACCCACAACCCCCCAACAAACCACUCGCGCUGUUCCUACUGUGCAUCAAGUACAACAAACCCUCCCUCGAUGUACUACAACACAGGGUACGACUACUCAAAACACGUCAGAACACAUUAUAUCAACUACGUCAGAGCCUAAAAUGGACUCUACACUCAAUCCCCAACAGACGACUUCUACGUCACAGGGAGCAUUGAUAAACAUGCGUCAUACGACCACCUCUCCGACGGGUGAACCUGAUACAAUAACUGAUACUUUAAACCAAAGAAUCCCAACCCCCUCGCCUGUUUAUUUAACCACAGCCCACCCAAGCUCUACAAUUGACUUCUUUGACUCUACUUUGACCUCUAUCCCAACCAACAAAGCUCUAAGUUCCUCAACUACCCAACAAACUGUGGGACUAAAAACUACAGUUAUACAGGUUACAAACUCUUUGGCGAUGGCUUCUGAAAUGGCUAUGCAAUCUUCAGGUUCCUCAACUACUUUGAGACUAAAAACUACAGCUUCACAGAAUACAAACUCUUUGGUAAUGCCUUCCCAAGACACUGUGCAAUCUUCAAGUUCCUCAAUUGUUCCCUUACAAACCUCAACACAAACUACCCCUGCAUAUGAGACGUCUACAUGGCAUUUACAAACCCCAACCCAAACUUCAACUCUAUCCCAAUCGAAAGAGACAACUAGCAGUGACACAAGAACCUUGCAGAUCUCAACCACCACGAAUCCUACAAUCAACACUUAUGGUUCUACAACCCCCAGAUACCUGACCCUAAGUUUCACACACACUCGACUGGUCAACUCCGCAACCACCAGUAGCUUGAGUUCUUCUCUAACUGCCCCAACUAGCAGCAUGGUGGACAGUCAACCGUACCCCAAUGACACGAAGGGUUACAUCAGCCGGAACAUCACUACAGGUGAUGCACCUCAAACUGGUGGGGAUGGAGGCUUGAUGUCAGUGUGGCAUUUUGCCGCCAACACUGUACUGGUGUCUUUAGCGACCUGCGCUACCAUCACAUUCUGCUGCUGUUGUUCGGUGUUUGUGGCUCUGAGCUGGAGAGGCCGGAGGCGUCGGAAGGGCAGGUACAGGACAAAUCUGAGGUGCAAGAGAGGAUCAAUGAGACUCAUCAAAUACGUCAUUGUAAGAGAAAGUUCGUAAAAAGCAUAGUUCUUCACAUCUGGCACUGGGUUGGGUUGCACCAGCUGUUUUUAAGCUCUUACUUACAUUGAAACAUAAAGUCCACACUAGAGUCUUAGCUAUUAGCUAGUUUGUAACUCUAUUAAUUUGCACCAUUUGUUCUAAAGGCAGCUCGUAGGUCGUAAGCUGUCCGUAAAGUAAUGCACAGUUGUAUAAUAUGACAUUUAUCUUCAGUGAUCCAUUAGAAGCCUUCACAUUAUGUGAGCAGAAGUUAAAGUUUAUCACAACUACCUUUUUUACAUGCAACAAACAGUAAAUCAUGGAUAACAAAGGUAUUUUUAAACAUAGUUUAACGUAAUAUUCUUUCUCUUAAAAUGUAAAUGUCAUUAUUAUUAUUAUGUCUAGAGGAUUGAAGUCUAUCAGGUUAUACAUGA